UUGUGGCCAGAUCCCAAACCUGGGAAUUUGUAGGACCCAGCAGCCCUCCUAUUCCCCGGCUUCACCUGUUCGCAUACAUAUUUCUUGCCCUCUUUUUUCACUCGGAUUGCCUUCGAUCAGCCCCGUGACAAUGACCAAAGCCCACACGCCUCCAACAAUGCUGUGGUUCGCCGGCUGCAGCCUGCUGCUCCUCUCCGCGCCCUUGGCCGGUGCCUCCCUGUCCGAGAUGGUGUUCCGCUGCCCGGGCUGCACCGCGGAGCGCCAGGCGCUUUGCCCGCAGCUCGCCGAGCCGUGCGCGGAGAUGGUGCGCGAGCCGGGCUGCGGGUGUUGCCCCGUGUGCGCCCGGCAGGCGGGCGAGGCGUGCGGCGUCUACACCCCGAGGUGCUCCACCGGCCUGCGAUGCUACCCGACGCCCGACUCAGAGCUUCCUCUGGAGCAACUGGUGCAGGGCCAGGGCCAGUGUCGGCGCAAAGUGGACACGGAGACGGCCACUUACAGCCCGGAGCAGCGGGAGCACACCAGCGGUGAGUCCUUGGAGCUGCAGCCUGAUAUGGACGUGAGUGAGAUCCCGAUAGUCCGAAAGCCCAGUAAAGACACCACCUGGCUUGGACCCAAGGAGAGUGCUGUACGCCAGCACAGGCAGGAGAUGAAGACCAAAAUGAAGACCAACAAGGUGGAAGAGGUGAGACCUACUCGUCCGAAACAGACUCAGUGUCAGCAGGAGCUUGACCAGGUCCUGGAGAGGAUAUCCAAGAUGCCCUUCAGAGACAACCGAGGUCCUCUGGAGGACCUCUAUGCACUGCACAUCCCCAACUGUGACAAGAGGGGGCAGUAUAACCCAAAACAGUGCAAGAUGUCGCUCCACGGUCAGAGAGGCGAGUGCUGGUGCGUCGACCCCCACACCGGCCGACGCAUCCCAUCAGCUCCAACUGUAAGGGGGGACCCCAACUGCAGCCAGUACCUCAGCGAAUUGGAGCUGCCUGAUACGACCCAGAUCUAAUGAUCUUGAAAAUCUAAAAAAUCCAAACUGUAAGGUACUUUGGAACUAAGAACAACCUGAGUAAGCUAUAAGCUAUAUGUGUGUAUGUGUCUGUAGCCUGUUUGUUGGCAGUUACAUUUCAAAUCAUAACUUCUGGAAAAGGUUGAAUGAUAGAAACUUGUUUCUGCAGACUAAAGUAAAUUUGGCUCAUUUUCUUUAUGCUGUUGCGUUUUAGAGCCAGUGAUUAUGCUUUACUAACCGUGGCAUUGCUCAGAGUGCUUUGUUAUCAGUGUUUUGUACUGUUCAAAAAAUGGUGAAGCCUUCAAUGUGUUUAAUGUUUUUAGGUGUCUUUCCAUGCUUUAGCUUGCAGACUAGGUUUUGGGUGUGCCUCACUUUUAUUGCACAGUAAGUAGUAAGGAACUGACUUGAUAACUAAUGGAAAUAAAGUAGAAACCUGUUGUA